AUGGCCUACUUAUGCGCACAAGUUGGGAUCGACCGACUCGUUGAACCAAGUACCUGCACUGCAUUGAACGAGGGGAUUUCCAAUUCUGUGCUAGCUAAAAUUGACAACUUCAACAACGACAAAUAUACUCUUAAUGUUCAUGACACCGACGACUGUACCGGCAAUAUCAUUGGGAGCAUCACCGGUCUCAAUGGAUGCUUGAACAUCUCCCAGAAUACUGCUGGAAAAGCUGUCCAGGUUAUUCCUGUUUCCAGCGGACAUGACACACCCAACAAAGGCUUCGUCACUGAUCACCAAUACAACCUGGCCAGUAAGAAUGUGAAGGUGAUUAAGGUCCCUAUCAUGCAUGCUGGUUUCCGCACGGUCCAGAGGUCAAGUCGCACUGAGAAUGGAACCUACCUCGACGAAUCAUUCGACAUCUUCGACCCCAUGACACUUGACCAACUCAGAGAGCUCGAUGAAGCCUGGACCGUUCCUUGGGAAGUAACCGCAACCGCCUCGACCAACGAAACAUCUUUGCGCUCUCCUUAG